CUUAGCGUACACAUUUUAUGCCGAAUUCCGAUGUUGCCGCCAACGACAGUGCCGGACAAAUCAUGCGAGAAUGAGGUCAUUGUGUGGAAGUUCUCAGAUCUUGUACUCAAGGGUCCCAUCCCGAACACAAUGCUGGUGAUGGUAAGAUCAUACUGAACACGUGACCUCUUCGCACCACGACAAUAUGAGGCUGUUGUUUACUAUGUAUGAACGAUGCAUACGUGGAUACACCGUCGGCGUAGAUGACGACGAUGGGCAGCGAUGCAGCGGAAAGCAGGUCCAGAUUCAUCCUUCGCUCGGCUCGGGCCUUUUGCGACCGCCGAAAGUCCUGCCCAGAUAGUUGAUCUCAGCCACAGACGAAAUCGCAAUGUGUCCGUACAUCACAGUACAGCAGCGGUCUUCGAAUUGACUUUGGCAGUUCUAGAACAGCCUGGUCAUUCUACAUGCAGAGCCAAGCCCUCAAUGGACUUUGUACGAUCUUAUCUUAUCAUGGCCUGCGAUCAAUGCUCUUUGCACUUACCUGAAGUAGUAUGUAGGAUAACUACGUCACCUAUCGUGACCUUAUCUGGACUUCCUUGUCGCCUUACAAGACCGUUGCAUCUGUUUGGGAUAACCUCGGUCCAGCUUUCCAUGAUCGUGAUCAUCACCGGUUACACUUUUCCGCUUCGUACGGCUUUCCACCGAACCCCACAAGCAUGUAACCCUGAACGGCCGGCGCUCGACCCUUAAAGACAAACAUGCUUCACGAAUCCAUGGAUUGGAUGGACAUGUAUUACGAUAAUGAGAGAGGCUACCUUUUCGACCUAGACUCGGCCGCAUUGGUACAUGACACCA